UACAGAAUGAGAAAGCUGCUGUCCAUCUACUUCACCAUGCUGGCUGUGGUGGUCGUGAUCCUGCUGGCUUCAUUCCAGGGAGCCAGCCCUCGCGGAGAUUACUUCCCUUUUCGAGUGCCCCUGGACCCACUUGGGACCUUGGAGCUCUCCUGGAACGUCAGUUACCCCCAGCAGGAGGUCUGCUUCCAGCUUCUAGUGAAGGAACUCCACUUCGGAAUUGUGUUCGGCAUGUCGGAUCGAGGGGAGCUAGAAAAUGCUGACCUUGCAAUCCUGUGGAGCGAUGGGCACAAAUCCUACUUUGGGGACGCCUGGAGCGAUGCUCAGGGACACAUUCGAUUGGACAGCAAGCAGGAUUACCAGCUGCUAGAGGCCCAUAGGGCUCCGGAGGGGUUCUACCUCACCUUCAAGAGGCCUUUCAGCACCUGUGACCCUAACGACUAUCUCAUCGAGGAUGGAACUGUUCAUCUCAUCUAUGGUGUCCUGGACAGGCCAGUGACCUCCCUCCCGGCUGUAAACAUGACCGUGGUCAGCAGGGGUCUCCAGAGGGUGCAGCUCCUCAAGCCCAAUAUCUCCAGUCCUGAGCUGCCUCCGGAUGUCCAGACCUUAGAAGUGCUUGCUCCCAACGUGUCCAUCCCUGGCCAGGAGACCACCUACUGGUGCUACAUCACAGAGCUGCCCAAAAACAUGCCCAAGAACCACAUCGUCAUGUAUGAGUCGGUGAUCACGCCUGGCAAUGAGGCCCUGGUUCACCACAUGGAAGUGUUCCAGUGCGCCCCGCAGUUCGACUCCAUCCCCCACUACAGUGGACCCUGUGACUCCAAGAUGAAACCCCAGCGCCUCAACUACUGCCGACAUGUGCUGGCAGCCUUGGGGGCCAAGGCCUUCUACUACCCUGAGGAAGCAGGGCUAGCUAUUGGGGGGCCUGAUUCCUCCAAAUAUCUCCGUUUGGAAGUCCACUACCACAAUCCACUACAGCUAAAAGGCAGCUUUGACUCAUCAGGAAUCCGUCUGUAUUACACCCCCACCCUUCGCAAGUACGAUGGUGGGAUAAUGGAGCUGGGGCUGGUGUACACACCAGUAAUGGCUAUCCCACCUCACGAGGACCACUUCCAACUAACAGGAUACUGCACUGAGAAAUGCACAGCUACACUUGUCGUACCUCUGUUCUUUCUACAGGAGAUCCGCAUGUUGAAGAAGAUGGUCACAGUGCUACCUGGAGAUGUCCUUUUAACAUCCUGCACUUACAACACACAGGACAGAGAGAAGGCUACAGUGGGUGGCUUUGGAAUCCUGGAGGAGAUGUGUGUUAACUACAUUCAUUACUAUCCACGUACAGAGCUGGAGCUCUGCAAGAGUGCUGUGGAUUACGGAUACCUGCAGAAAUAUUUUGCCUUCAUGAACAGGUUCCAUGAGGAUGAGAUAUGCAGCUGUCCUCAGGCUGCAGUUUCUGAACAGUUUGCUGCUAUUCCCUGGGACCCCUUCAGCAAAGACGUACUGCGGGCACUCUACAGCACUUCUCCCAUCUCUAUGCACUGCAACCAGUCCUCUGCCACACGUUUCCCAGGUGACUGGGAGAGACAGUCUUUACCACAGGUCACCACCAGCCUCCCCAAACCCCAGUACAAGUGCGAGACGACCAGGGACCCUCAACCACAGCCUCAGCCUCCUACAGUCAUUGAGGUUCGGACCCACAGCAAACUCUAACACCCAGGGUGCAAUGGAUUGGUAGGCCCUCUUCCCACAGAGGAUCACUGGGAAACACCACAAGCAUUAUCCUGUACAAUCAUGCAUAUAUCAUGGCUGCUCCCGCCCCAGUCUCUUCAACAGGACUUGCUGGGAGAGUCUUCUAUGGGGAGGAUAUUCAGUCCUGACACUCUGAUAAGGGGAACUGUCUGGAAAAGAAGCUUCUCCAAGAUAACAGACUAAAACAAUGCCACCCUUGUUCAGAUAUUCAGUGAUGGGAACAUAGGUUUGAAGGGUAGUGAACAAAAAAAAAAAAAGAAAACUUUUUUUUUUUUUUUUUUUAAUGCAUUUGCAUAUUAAAACAGAAUAUGAAGCCAAAACUUAGUCACUGUGUUUAUUUGUCACACAAUUCAUAACAGAACUGGAACAUGAUCAGCUCUAUGGCGGCAGGCUUUCUUGUCGGGUCUGAUGCAUAUGGUGGAGUCUGGGGGGGGGGGGAUAGGGAUGAA